GUCAGGCAAUGAUUUGAUUCCUAAAAAGUAUAUUUAAUGUUGUUAUAAGCCAUAAUAUCAAGCACAGUGGGCCGGAUGAAAGGCCAAGCUGCCCGUACAUGGCCCACGGGCCGUACUUUGCCCACCACUCAUCUAACAUUCCUCAAACUGACAGCAAUAUCCUCUUAGUCAAGCACAUAAGAUGUUUUACUUGCCUUAUUGGAGCAUUGAUUCAAAAUUAGAUCAUCAGGUGUUCAAGUCCGAAACAGAUUACCACUCAGCCAGCCAAUGACAGACGUGAUAAUGAUCCCCUCGACGGGAUCAUCUGAAGGAGAAGUGGCUGACACUGAAACACUGAAACAAACAGCGACACACAUACACACAAUUGGUGCUUUUCAGCUACUGGAGGAGAGAAACACAAGAAGGGUUUUGAUUUCUUGACAAAACACCAAGCAGGUGAACCAAUCAUGUUCCGGCUACAAAAAGUGACCCUGACGGUGACCCUGUGUGUGCUGCUCUUAGCCUCUCUGACCCCUAGCUCGGAGGCCCGUCGUGGCGGAGGCUUCAGGGGGGGCUUUGGUGGCCGGAGGCCAUCCUAUAGACCGGCCCCUCCCAGGAGCAGUGGGCCCAGUGCGGGUAAAGUAGCCGGCGCCGCAGCGGCGGGGGCCAUCGGAGGAGCCAUGCUGGGCUCCGCCUUGAGCCGCCCCGGUUAUGGGUACGGCGGAGGGUACGGAGGCUAUGGGGGAUAUGGGGGCUACGGAGGAGGUUACGGCUACCCGCGACACAGUGGUGGCUAUGGACCCGGUCCUGCAUACGAGCCAGAGGGCUCUGGAGAUAUGGAGUACUACACCGGAGCGUCCAGUGGGCCCAUCUACAACAGCAUCAUCGUUGUGAUCGGCUCUCUGCUCUCUCUUGUCUUCAUGAUGUGAAGCUGGCACAAAGUCGCACCUACGGCACAAACCUUGGAACUUUUAAUGGGCCACGUCUGCACUGAACCACCUCUGAAGACUGGAGGAGCUUGACACAGGAACUAGUCUGCACCAAAGUCUGUUCAUAUGGUUACAGCAGCAGACAACUGUGCUUUGUACACAUGUAUACUGUAUGUAUUCAAAUGAAAAGACACACAAAACAGUCCCAAUGCUACUAUAGUUCAAAUUACAUGAGCCAGCACUUUUGCUCAGUCAA